AAAACAGGUUUACUGCAUACAUAUAUAUGUAGAAUGGUGCGAUGGUGUACAUGAAAGGGGCAGAGAGACAGAGUUCUAAGUAAAAAAUGGAACUCUCCUCAUAUGACCCUGUCUGGCACUUGUUCAGGAACCCUGUAUUCACGCUGACUGCCUCUCUCUCUCCCUCACUCGGCGGCGGCGGCGAGCUUGGCUUUCAUCCAUUUUGAGUUGGAUUUUUCUCUCUAUUUCAUGCAUUACUUCUCAUGACAGCGUACCUCUUGCACAUAUAUAAUGCCACUGGGUACACAUGUACAUUUUUGACAAUCUCAGGUUUGGUUUUUGUUUGAUCAACUCAUCGAAGGAAUGCAAUGGGAAAAUCAUCUACUUCAGAGAAAACUGCUCGGGAAUUAGGCAGCAACUCCAAAAUCCGCACAUCUUGCCCACACCACGACCAAUCACAGCAGCCCUACAGCCUGAGGCGAAAGGCAUCAACUCUGUGCUCUGGCAGAUGGGACUUGAGUUCAUCACCUGGGUCAUCUCCCAUGACGAGAGCCAAGAGAUCAAGGCUUUCCAGUCAUACAGACACUCAAGCAUCAGGAGGGACGACAGGAGAUGACAAUUUCCUGGAGUCGUUGAUGCCAGAUGAGAUCCUCAUCAAAAUCCUUUCCUACCUCCUAGAGAAGGAUCUAUGCAAUGUGGCAUGUGUAUGUAAGAGGUUCAACACCCUUGCCAGCGAUCUCACUCUAUGGAAACGGUUGUACCAGUCUGUAUAUGAGCUAUCUCUUCCCCUUCUGCGACCAGGGCCAACCAAAUUCAAAUUUGUCCAGCCAGACAAGCUAGAUGUGCCAAACAUAUGGAAAGAGAGUUUUAAAACUUUGUACUCAGCUGUCCACGUCAAGCCAGGCUAUGCCGCCUACAUGCAUGAUUCUCCUGAACUAUUCAAAGGCCGUGAUAUCCAGUACUACGACACGAUAGACGAGGCGCUGUCAUCGGUGGAGGGUAACGAAUACACCCUGAUAUUGGUUCACGAGGGUGUUUAUACCGGAGAGUGGCUGUACAUAGACACACCUGUCUGCAUAUUAGGAGCUGCUCCUGGUCACAUUCCAGACAGUGUGAUUGUAGAGAACAGUAAAGAGUCUACGUUUAGGUUCAUUGAAGGAUGUGAAGAUGCAUAUCUUGGUUAUAUUAGUAUUAGGUUUAAUCCCGAAAGCAACUCCAAUCAACCACAUCACAAGCACUCCUGUGUAGAGGUUGAUGCCAACUGCUCGCCAACCAUCGAUAGCUGUAAUAUAAGGAGUAGAUCGCAAGUGGGUGCUGCAGUAAGUGUGAGCGGAAGGAGAGCAUUACCUACCAUCAAGAACUGCGUCAUCAGCGAUUGUGAAAACGUCGGACUCUUCAUCAAUGACCAUGCAGAGGGUCUUUACCUUGACAACGAGAUCAGUGGUAAUGCAUUGGCAGGGAUCUGGGUGAAGAACUAUGCAAACCCUAUCAUCAGGCGUAGUCACAUUCACCACGGCAGAGAUGUGGGUGUCUUUACAUUUGAUAAUGGCAUGGGUUACUUUGACCGGUGUGACAUCCAUCACAAUCGUAUCGCGGGCUUCGAGGUGAAGGCCGGAGCCAACCCAACCGUCGUUCAUUGUGAGAUCCACCACGGUCAGACCGGUGGCAUCUACGUACAUGAAAACGGUAGAGGAGAGUUCAUAGAGAAUAAAAUCCAUUCCAAUACCUUUGCUGGAGUCUGGGUGACGUCCAACAGCGAUCCAACGAUACGGGGCAAUGAAAUAUUCAAUGGUCACCAGGGAGGUGUGUACAUAUUUGGAGAGGGGCGUGGCCUGAUCGAGCACAACGACAUUCACAGUAACGCGCUGGCGGGAAUCCAGAUUCGCACUAACAGCAAUCCCAUCAUUAGGAACAAUCGUAUUCAUGACGGUCAACAUGGCGGCAUCUAUGUGCAUGAGAAAGGUAAAGGGUUGAUCAUAGAGAACGAGGUUUACAGCAACACAUUGGCUGGCGUAUGGGUUACAACAGGUAGCUGUCCGGAGCUUAGGAGAAACAGAAUUCAUAGUGGUAAACAGGUCGGUGUAUACUUCUAUGACAACGGCCACGGUACACUGGAAGACAAUGAUAUCUUCAAUCACAUGUACUCUGGUGUUCAGAUCAGGACCGGUAGUAAUCCCAUCAUCAAGAGGAAUAAGAUCUGGGGAGGACAGAAUGGUGGUAUCCUCGUCUACAAUGGAGGUCUUGGUGUAUUAGAGCGUAAUGAGAUCUUUGACAAUGCAAUGGCUGGUGUGUGGAUCAAGACGGAUAGCAACCCUCAUCUUCGUUACAACAAGAUACACGACGGUCGGGAUGGUGGUAUCUGUAUAUUCAAUGGUGGUCGAGGCAUCCUCGAAGAGAAUGAGAUCUUCCGCAACACGCAAGCAGGUGUCCUGAUCAGCUCCCAGAGUCAUCCCAGACUAAAGCGGAAUAAGAUCUUCGAUGGCAUGGCAGCGGGGAUCGAGAUUACCAACAAUGCUAAUGCCUACCUUGAGGGAAACCUUGUCUUCAACAAUAAGUUUGCCGGGAUCUGUCUUGCUACAGGUGUCAAUCCAGAAAUGAAAGAUAACAAGGUGCACGGUAAUAAGAAUGCCAUUGAGAAAGCUGUCAAGUGUGGAAGGUGCCUAUAUAAAAUCUCCAGCUAUACGAGCUAUCCCAUGCAUGACUUCUACAGGUGUAAGACGUGUAACACGACAGACAGGAAUGCCAUUUGUGUGAACUGUAUUAGGAGGUGUCAUGCUGGUCAUGACGUGGAAUUUGUCACGCAUGAUAGGUUUUUCUGUGAUUGCGGAGCUGGAACAUUGUCAUUGCAAUGCCAACUAGCGGGAGAACCAACCAAGGACACGGAUACCCUAUACGACUCAGCGGCACCCAUCGAAUCACACACACUCAUGGUCAACUGACAAGACCUAUGCACAACUGAACAAAUGACUUAAUCAAGACCAAACUGAGAACUCGUUUCGGAGGAGAGAUGUGCUUGGAAACCCUGAACUCUUCCAGGAUAAACGUUGAUUAACUGGACGUUGGUUUCCUGUGUUUGUUCCAUGCCAAAGUUUUGUUUGUAAAUUGACCGUGGAGGGAAAACGCGGAGUGCAUAGCGGAAUGUAGCCAGGCAUCGGUGUUGUUGCCCGCACCGGAUCACUUGGAUCGAUGCAAUGUAGUUGGAGAAGAUUUCCUCGUCUGAGCGAAGCAAAUAGCCGGGAAGGAGAGGUACCUUAUUUGAGAGUAGAGUUUGAAAAUUCAUCAUUAAAACUUGCCUGAAGGGCGGAUGAAACUGCCAUGUGGAUAUGGAUGCAUUGUGAUCUGUCAAACGGCCAUCGUGAAGAUUAUCUGUCAGUCACUUGAUCAGCACGAUCUGAAGGAGCUCAAUCGACCUUUGGUUACCAUAAUUCUGUGUAUUAUUUUACAUAAGCCAGUUAUGUUCAAAUGAGCACAUGGACAAUUUGUUAUGAUGACAGGAAGGUUACGUUGAGGGGAGAGGGCCUCUUUUGAUAAAGUGCCCAGAGACAUAUGGAUCCAUUCACAGUAUGCAAUCUGGAUGUGACCUCUGACCUGAGAAUGAAUGAUGCAGAUAAGGUUUCCUCACAUGACCUUAUUAUCCACGACAGGUUAAUUAUUAGAUGUAUUCUUUGGGUCUUAGUCAAGGGACCCAAAAUCGACUGCACCAAGUAUGUGGUACAGUUACACUAGUAGAUUUCAUGCAACUCAUGUUAAUGUUUAUUAGGUGGUUAAAUGUGAUCAAAGAAAAGAAUGGCUUAAAAAGAAAAGACACAGAGGUGCCUACGAUGUUUUGUCUGAAUUUGUCAAGUGUCAUUGAGUAGUGAAUAGAAAGUGUGCACCCAUGGUUUAUGUUGAGUAUAGUUCGUGCUUGUUAAAAGGAGUUUAAUCUCUUAUACACAAUUGUCUCAUUUUGAUGUGAAAUACUUACUCCGAGUCGAUUUAUGGAUGGAGUAAAGCAGAAGUAAUUAUCCUGCAGAUUAUGUUAUUUCUUCAUUUUCUCAAUGUAGAAAUAUUUGUUAAAUGAAUCUUUACAUAUAUUUGCAUGAUGCAUUCAUUUGCCAUUUAGACAUUUAGACUAUAAUAGAACAUUAACAGUUUUGUCAUGGGGUUGGACUACUAAUAUCGUGUUCGAAGCAAGGCUUUUAAACAUUUCCUUUUUGUUGCUUUAUUUGCAAGUAUGUAUUUAAGCGCCAUUGGAGGAGUAUCAUCGUCCAAAUGUGUAUUCUCUUGUUAAAGCGAACGGAAUACGAUGACAAAGGAUAAAAUGCUAUUUCAAAGUCAAGAUUCUAUAUUUCUAUUAAUAUAUAUUUAUCCAUAUUUAUGCUGCAGAGUUUAGAACUGCCAAAAUCACAAUCAUGAAACCACAGAAAAGGGUUGGUAAUUGACCAACACCCUGUAAAACUUGAUUUAAAAAAAAAAUGCAGAAAGGCCCUCAUUAUCUACCAUUAUGCUGAUUUUCUUGAGAUACUUCAGUAUACGCUUUUUAGGGGAAUACGUUAAUUACGAAUUCUUGGACCUUGUUCCCCCGUGUGAAGAGUUAUUCACAUGAAAGCGGAGUACAUUUGGUAUUUCAAGGAUACUUUUUUCCAGUGGCAUGAGACUGGAUAUAUUGAAUAUGAUGCAUCUUUCUCUGGCCUGUCACAGUCAGCAAAGCAUGCAUGUUUGUGUGGCCCCAUAUACUGUUGUGUCGUGGAGUAAUUUUCUAGUAGCUUCAAGGUCAUGUGUGCAACAGCAUACAACUAGCCCUAUUCAGUUUUUAUAUAUCGAUGGUUACAGUCAGCAAAGCAUACACUAUUAGGCUUACUAUCAGAUCUGAUGUUGGUCUUAUUCUUCUAUCUGCAAAUGAAUGUGUUUGUUUUCUACAGACUACAGAUUCAGUUAUUCUAAAGGAAGAAAAGUAGUGUUUCAGUGCAUCAUACAGCCUAACCUGCUCUUUCACGUGACUCCAAAUUCAUUCAGUCAACUUAAGAGUCUUCCAAAAAGUUUUGAAAAAAAAUUAGAUUGCUUUGGGUGGGAGGUCCAUGGUUAAAGUAAUGUCAGGUCAAUAUAACAUUGAGAAGACAAAGUUUAGCUGCCUCUUUGUUUUAAUAGUAACACAUUCAAAUGGGCGGGGUGUUUUGUGUUAUUUUUAUCAGUGAUCUCUCCUGACACUGGUUAUAAGCCAUUGAAAUCCUGGCAUGUGAUUGGCCGAUUGCAAAUCUGUCGAUGAAAAUCACAGCAAAUGUUCAUCUUGACUCCCCUGGCUGUAACACUUUCCCAAAUUUAUUGAUCACCAUUAUCAGUGAAUCAUUAGUAAAACAUUAGUAAAUGAACACGAUUCUUUUACAUGAAAAAAGGGCGACAUUCCAGUCAGAGGAUAGAUUUUCAUCUCAUGAUGAUAAUGAUAUCAGGACUAGAGAUCCGUCUUACAAAGAGUUACGAUUGAUCCGAUCAAUCGUAAUUCUAUGGAAAUCCAGUAUUGUCAUAAUAUUUUCUACAAGAAAUUUAAAAAAUGUCCUUUGUAAACAAAAAAGAAGCACACUGAAUUUUCAAGAAAACCAUGGAUGUUUGAAUACAUCAUAAUUAGAAAAUAUUUUGAAAAAACAUGCAUUUUCAGAUGUUGACAUUCCUGGCUUUCCAUAGUUGUGAUUGAUUGGAUCAAUUGCAACUCUUUGUAAGACGGGGCCCUGAUUGACCUUAUUUCAUACGGGUUCAAAACUUGAAUAAGACUGAUACACAUUUCUGAAUACUUGUAGUGCUGUAUGCUAAUUCAAAAGCCGGGGUAACAUAUAGUGCGCCUUUGAAUAGGCAUAGGUGGUGGGUCAUAAAUGCUUGUUAUUAUCAUUAUUAAGAUAUUGAUACAUUGUAUGAUAAUCAGAUUGAAUUCCCAUUGCUGUCCUUCAAGAAAUAUUGCUGCAAAACUAUAUUAUUGAGUUUUUUUGUUUGUUUAAGCUAAACGAUCUGCAGAAUUCCCCUUAUUCAACUCAAAAGCUGAUGGUGUUUUUAGUUAAGGUUUGCCUCAUUGCUUGAGCUGACUGAUUUAAUGAUUUCUAAAUAUUUUUGCUAAGUGUAAUUUGUAUAUUCUUGUUUAGCUUAUUGCAAUUAAUACAACUCUAUGGAAAAAUUGGAGUUAUCAAGUAUUCCUAGUGUCUUGUUUUACACAGACCAGACACUCGAUAAAUUAUUCUCUGACCAAUGCCAAUUUUUGUCAGAUCCCCAGCUCAGGUUAUUAGUAUUUCAUGUAUUUUAGAGUAUAGCUCAAUCCUUUUCUUUCAUGUCCCUACAAUUUUUAUGACCUUCAUUUUCAUUACUCAUGAUUUAUUUGUUACAAGUUUAAGGAAUAAAGCAAAUGAACUGGGGUUUCCGUGGCUGUUGUUUUAUUACUCGUGAUUUAUUUUUGACAAGUUUAAGGAAUAACGCAAAUGAACUGGAGUUUCCUUGGCUGUUAUUGUAAGUGGAAAAUGUAUGACAACUUUAUUUUUCUUUUCUCGAAUCAUUUGAGCAACCGAAAACAAAGAGUUAUACAAAUAUAGUUGAGAAUUCUCAUUAACAUUUAAAAGUGUGUCAGGAGAAGAAUAAGAUUGAAUACACUAAUAUUGCUUUAUAAUUGAAGUAAAAAUAAUCAUGAAUGAAUAAUGAAGACCAAUUUUGCCGAAGCUGUCAAAUUUAUUAAUGCCUGUACUUACGGUGAAAAUAAAGCAUUUUGAUGAUUAGGGCCUGCUUCCCAGCCAAAUCCCAUGGCAUUUUUCAGGUAGGAUAGCGGAUCACAUCGUAUAUUCUAUUAAUAUAUUAGUCAUGAAGAGUGUGAAAAUGAUAGGAUUGUGAUUUGUAGCUGUUUUUCUUCUGUUGUUACCAUCGUUAUUUAUUAUUAUUUGAAUAGUGGAAACUAUUUGUUAUGGUGCUAAUUUUAGAAGGUGGCAGCACAUAGUGGCAUUCCAUGGGGGAGAGAAGAGAAUGAGUAAUUUGUACAGUUCAUUUUAUUUGUUAUGUUCACCGUCAAGAGAUUAUUGAGUCUGUUAUUCUGUGUUCUUUUUUAUUGUUACAACUAUUUCGAACCCAUUUUUUUUUAUGUAUUGUGAAAACGGUGUAAAAAAAAGCCUUGUUGACAGUUUAUCUUGACAUGAAUUGAAAUCUUUUGUUAACAUUCAUGAAAUGUAUUUUUUUUUUAUAGUUGAAUAUUGUCAGUAGAUUGGUUGGUUGGUUUUAGUGUUGGUGUUGGAAUUGUUAUUUGAGAUGGUCUUUUUUUGUAUUUUUUUUUUAAAUAAAAAAUGAAAUAUUUUGUAUAUGAUUUACACUGACACGACAGCUAAUAAUAAGCAUACACUCCUUGAUGACAUUACAAUGCACUGCCUGCAGUCACCACAAUGGUCUUGUACUGUAAUUAGCUUAAACACUGUCUCUGUUCUCCGAGUAAAUAUGAUUCUAAUAGUAAAUUAUUUUAUUCUCAUGAGCUGAACCAAACAACUCAUCAUAUAACCAGGCUAUAGGUUCAGGAAUCGGCCUGCACCGAUAAGCAUAAGGCACAGUGAUUGAUUUUUGCGAUUGAUCAAAUGCAGUAAUCAAUGCAAGCAAUCAUAGAAAUCGGCCCCAUGAUUGAUCCCUGAGCUUUAUGUCUCUGGGCCCAGUGCACCUCGGCCGAUCAAAACCUAGGUUUUCACUCUAAUUGUCUGCCGAGGAUAUUGUCCGUGCUGAAAAUUUUCUUGAAGUCCAGAUGAAUGUAAUUACUUCCGAAGGGUGAAGUCCACCCCAGAAAACUGUUGAUUUGAUCUGAAUCGCGAUCAAUCAAACGAGCACAACGCUAAUAUAGGAAAUUCAUUACAUUUCGAAGUUUUGCUUAUUUUUCACAAAACAGUUGUAAGCACAAUUCAGUGAUAUGCAACAGUCGAUGAGGUCCCUCACUAUUUUUGGUAUUACUGUUUAAAUUAGACAAUAUUUCAAUUUUUACAGAUUCGACUACAACGACCAACAUGACUGAACUACAAUGGUAAUUCCACAUGUUUAGGAAGGAAUAAUUAUUUGUUUUAACACUACAAUGAGAAGAUAAUUCAAAUAUUUCAUAUAAUGAAAUACAAAAGAAACGGUGAGUGGGUGACGUCAUCAGUCCCCUCAUUUGCAUGCCGACCAGGAUGUGCAUAGAACCGUUUUGCAAAAUUUAGUGAAACUUGUCACAACUUUCUUAUUUUACAUCUAAUUUUGAUGACAUUUUCAGUGUUAUGCUUGUUGGAUUUUCUCCUUUUAUUCAAAUCAAUUUUUGGGGUGGAUUUGUCCUAUAAUAACUUCUUAAUUACAUGUAUUACAAUUUUGCCCACUGUGCCGGGCGCAUGCAGUGGGCACAAUUAUCUGGGAGACAUUAUAGUUUUCUUAUUUCAUUUCAUUUUGCCUAUUGGUACCCCUAUGCAUGUUUACAUGCAAUAAGGAAUUGAAGUUUUCAUGAAUUUACUCUCUAUGAAAUGAUGACAUGAACUUAAGAUUUGAUGGCAACAUCCUAUUAUGGUACAGGGAAAGAUCUUACGAUAAAUACUGUAAGAAAUGACACAGAUAUUAAUUAAUCACUUUACUUCACUAAACCCCUUCUUCUGUCUGGUGUGAUUUUUUUCCAAAAUAAUUCCAGCAAUAAUAUUUUUGUUUCUCUUUGGAAGAAUGAUUUUAAUUUUCUUUUGUUAAUUACACCCUGAUGAACAUGACCCAUUGUGGAAGAAAACCCGUUUUAAUUCAUAUUUUUACAUUUUUUUUAAAGAUAAGUUUGGAUCUGCUUCCUUGUGUUGUCUUUUGUUGAUAGUUUGUUUUUUCAUGAUAUGUAGUAUUCAUUUUUUACGGCUUUUAACAAUACAAUGAUGGACAUGCACUUGCAAUUAGCAGGAAAGGUGUAAAGAACCUUGCAUAUUCCUCACUCCUUCAUGAAAAUUAACAUUUGAGAGAUGUGCGAUUUAUAUCUUCUUGAAUUUAAUUUGCAUUUACAACUGAAAUGCUCUUAGAUACCAAAUGUGUACUCUUUUUCCCCCUCUGUUGUACAAAGAAAUUUGUAAAUGGUGUUGUAGAAGGCUCUAUUUCUUGGGCUAAGUUUAUGAUCAAUAUGCAAUAUAGUUACUAUUUAUGGGCCAUUCAUUCAUUUUUUUUUUUUUUUUUUCAUGUUAUUUCAGUAUCUUUCUUUUUUUAUUUUAAUUUGUAGAUUGUGAUAGUAAUACUACCUGAAAAAAAGAUCAGAUUCACUCCCAUUGUAUUAUACACAUCAUUUGAUGACAAAAAACAUAAAAAAUAUUCAAAAAUGUGGGCGACCAGGUGUCGUUGAACUCAUUGUGUAGAGAAGCACCAAAUAAAUCUGGUUGCCUCAUGCCUUUCAAA